GUUAUUGAUAACAUGUUAUUGUUUCUCUCUCUUUCUCUAGAUUGUUCCAAUUGCAAGAAAAAUUGGGUUUUUCUAGGGUUUCAAGUCUCUGUUGAAACUGGUUGAUUCAGUUUUGCUAGGUGGAUAAAAUGAUUAUCACAAAGCAGUACCGAUGCAUACACUCAGCUAGCUGUCAAUGUUCUAAAGGGCAUUUAAGUGAAGAUGCGAUUUUCUUAGUGUUUCACAAUUUAAAAUGGAAUCCCAAAUUGAUUGCUACUCUGUCGUGUGUGUGCAAAUGGUUUGAUGAUCUUGCCAAACGAGUUCUAUGGAAAGAGUUUUGUCGAACAAGAGCACCUAAGAUGUUGUGUGAUCUGCAAUCUACUGGGAGCCACGUCGUUGAUGGGAACUGGAGGGCGUUAGGGAAGCUUCUUACAUACUGUUCGGGAUGCACAAAAGGUGGCUUAUUUAAAAACAUUCAGAAUCCGGUCCCAGGUCACUUUGUGUAUCAGACUCGGUUUUCUAGAACAUCGGGAAAGAGCUUUCUUUUGCCACAAUGCAGAACUGAUGUUUUAUAUGUGUCUGAUCCUUGUGAGCAUCUUGAUCAAGGUGAAGAAGGAGAUUUGGGAUUUUUUCGUGGAGUUUUUAAGUCAUUUGCAACGUCAAAGGUCAGAAAGAUGCUUAUUAGUAAAGGUGCCAACCUCCAUCAAACAGAAGUUUGCCCUUAUUGUAAGGCAAAGUUAUGGAGCAUGCAUCAAGCUAAAAUGAUCCCUCAAAGUGCUAGUUGCAGGCUUGGUUCUUAUGAAGAUUAUAUUGAGUAUUUUGUGUGCCUCAAUGGUCACUUGAUUGGGAAUUGUACACUAUUGCCAUUGUCGGAUUCUGAAGAGGCAGCUGAGUUGGAGUAAUAGUUCAAUGACUUUCAGCUGUCAUUAUUCUUUCUGAAUCUGCUAAAUUCAAGAUGAAGAUUUUUUAGAAGAAAUGCGAAGAAAGCAAAAGGUGCCUUUGAGGUGGUUCAUGAUGUGCUCUCGCAUAUGUAAGAUAAUAGGUAGAGAAAUUCUUCAGAUGCAUUUCACUUGUGCAUGUGAAGAAUACUCAUUGUCUAAGUGACUAGAGAUGUAGCAUAAUCCCUUAUCUGAAGGUCUUGAUAUUGUAUUAUUCUUAUUUGUAUUCGAUGUUUGUUGUUAAUUCUCUUAUUCUUAAUGAUUGGUUGUUAUCCUUGGAUGGAA